ACCUUCUUCUCUUCCUGUAAUUUUUGGCAAUAAUCCUGAAGCAAAAAAUUUAUAUAAACUUAAUUCUUCUAAUAUUUCAAAUUUCAAAUUUCAAAUUAAAAAAUUAAUAUAUCAACCAAGGUUCCAUAGUCCAUCAAUCUGCCUUCCAAAGUUUUUCCGUCAUUUUUUAGUGCAGUUCGACGGAGAAGCAGGGGUCUUCAAAAGGGUUUUGCUUCGAGUUGUCGAAAGAUCCAACUCCGUCGUCGAGAUUAGGAUUUGGGCAUUUGGAGCUGGUUUGGGUUCGGAGUUCCGCUUCUAGGGUUCUCGUUCAUGGCUCAGUCGCCGGGUCGGGGCGGUUUGGUGGGAGACUACAUCAUCGGGAAGCAAAUUGGGGCCGGGUCUUUCUCCGUGGUGUGGCAUGGGAGGCACCGAGUCCAUGGAACUGAGGUUGCCAUUAAAGAGAUCGCCACCAGUCGGCUUAACAAGAAGUUGCAGGAGAGUCUCAUGUCUGAGAUUUUUAUCUUGAAGCGGAUUGACCAUCCUAAUAUAAUUCGUUUGCAUGAUAUAAUUCAGGUUCCUGGGAAGAUACAUCUCGUGUUAGAGUACUGUAAAGGGGGUGAUCUCUCUAUGUAUAUACAUCGCCGUGGAAGAGUCCAAGAGGGAACUGCAAAGCAUUUUAUGCAACAGCUAGCUGCUGGCCUACAAGUUCUUCGAGAUAAUAAUCUUAUUCAUAGAGAUUUGAAACCACAGAAUCUUCUUCUCACCAGAAAUGAUGACAAUUCAGUUCUGAAGAUUGCUGAUUUUGGAUUUGCAAGAUCUCUGCAACCCAAGGGUCUUGCAGAAACCUUGUGUGGUUCGCCUCUCUACAUGGCUCCAGAAAUUAUGCAACUACAGAAGUAUGACGCUAAGGCAGACCUCUGGAGUGUGGGUGCGAUCUUAUUUCAGCUUGUUACGGGAAGAACACCAUAUACUGGGAAUAAUCAAAUACAGUUACUACAGAACAUUGUGAAAUCAACUGAGCUGCAGUUUCCAUCUGAUAAUCAAAGUCUGAGUUAUGAGUGUAAAGAUUUAUGUCAAAAAUUGCUGCGACGUAGUCCAGUGGAACGGCUAACUUUUGAAGAAUUUUUUAAUCAUCCAUUUCUUUCUCAGAAGCGACCAGAACAGGACAAAUCAUUGAGACGUGGAAGUUCUUCAAAGAUGGUAGAUGAAAUUUGCUUAACGGAGUCUAAUCCUUUGAGGGCUAAGGAAAAUCAUCAAGAGGACUGCUUACCUUUCUUUUUGGAUGAUGAUUCUUGUGGUCCUGAGGGGAGCCCAGCUUUCUCGAGGAAGAAAUCCUCAAUGAAGUCUACCUAUGGGUUUGACCUUAAUACACAGCGAGAUAGAGCAGGCUCAGCAUUCGCUACUUCUAAUAACAUAAAUUUCACUUCCCGAGAGCAACCUGAAAACAGUGCUAUAAUGUUGGACAGCCAUAGAACCUCAGCAAGAAAUCUUGUUGAUCCUCUAGAAUCUCUAGAACAGAUAUUAGCAAACACUGGUUCAAGAGUUGCAGACUCACUGGAGAAUAUUGAUCAAGAUUAUGUUCUUGUAUCGGGACCUCCUAUGGAUGUCUCAUCAACUUCAGUAGGUGCAUCAAAGCCAAGCCAUUUUCCAUAUAGAUCAGGUGCUUCCCCACAGGAGUCUUCUAAUGUAAUUGAUAGAGUAAGUUCUCCAGUGCCAAUACUUGGUGCUGCUACCAGUAGCACAUGUCAAAUUGGAAGUUUAGAAAGUCAGGACUCUGCUCCAGGGACUUCACAUGCAUCAAUGGAUACAGUAGAUGAGCAGCCAUCAGCUGACUGCAUUACCAGAAUAAAAUCAUUACAACAGUGUGCAUCCACCAUAACUGAAUUAGUUCAUGAAAAGAUGGUGGCUGGAAAGCAGUUGGAAGCAUUCUCCAUUCAGCUUGUUAUUCUUGCAAUAUGGAAGCAAGCACUACACAUAUGUCAUGCACAGGCUGCCUCUGCCAUGGAAGGGAGUCCAAGUCAAGAAACCACUAGAUGUAGGAGGAGCACCGACAUGAAGCAUGGCAGUUCCGAUUCAGAAGAAUGCCUUGAUGGAAAUGUGCUAGGACCAAAGGAUAUUCUAUCUCAAAUUGAAAGUGAAUUUCUAAGGGAAUUUGAGCAUGCUGAAGAACUUGCUAAGGCUGUUCAGCCUGGAAAUACAGAGAUGCCAGAUGCAAUGGAGACGAUAUUUCAGUCUGCCCUUGCUUUUGGGAGACAUGGGGGUGUAGAAGAGCUCAUGGGUGAAAUGGAUAAUGCAGCUGCACUAUAUUCAAAAGCUGUGCUGCUACUGAUGUUCCUUCUAGUGGAAGCUCCAUCCCUUAUUCUUAAUCCUCCAUUUUCACUGACUAACACGGAUCGAUACAGGCUUCGGACUUACAUCGAUGAUCUAAACAACAGGCAAGGCUAUUCCAGGUCUCAGAGAAUGACGCUGUUGAAAUGUGACGAAGCACAAGGCGGCCUAAAGAACAAGUUUUAACUAUGGUUCUUUCAUUUUAUCUCAUUUUAGAUCAACAUUAUUUAUUUGUACAGUUAUUCUUUGAGGGAGGAAUGUUGGGGAAUGCUGAUGAUGGGAGCCACCACCUCAAGCUAGGUUAUUGUAAAGUCUGCAUUUCUGUGAUUAGAAUGAUGAUCAAGUGUACAUUUGUUUUUAUAUGAUUUCUUCUGAUUUUCGUACC